AUGGAAACAAAUUACUAAAAAGAAACUAAAAGAUCAUAAUAAAGUUUAUGUUAUUUUAUAUAAUAAUCCUUAAAAUGGCAAAAGUAAAAAAUUAAAGUACAUUUAAUACAUUUAGUUUUAGUUAAAUAAUUAAAUGAAGAUUCUUCGACAUUUAAUGGAAUGGAAUAUUUUGAGAGUUAAUAAUAGAAGGAAUAAAAAGAAAAGACUCCUGAAAAAGCAGAAAGUGUGUCUUCAAUUUUAGCUAAAGGAUCAUCGAGGGUAAGAUUCUCUAAUCUUCAUGAUCACAAUCGAUAAAAUGCUUAUAUAUUCCGAUUUGUGUCACUUUUUUAAAGAAAUUGAUGAAAUGCUUUUAUUUCUUCAAAGUUAAUAAAAACAGCCCUUCUUAAAUAUAAUUUAUGAAUUAUUGAGCCAAAAUUCAAAAAUUAAAGUCACCUAAUAAAUUAUUCAAUAAAUAUUGGAAAUCUUUGCUAAUGCUUAUGAUCUAAAUUGGACAUUAAAUGAAAAAUUAAUACAAUUAGAUAGGAGUGAUUUAAUCAUAAUCUCAUAUUUAAUUGGGAGAAUUUCUCCAUUACUUCAAACAACUAAUGUCUGA